CGAUUCGAAGCGGAAGUAAUUUGAUAGUUCCUCUUCAGGGAGCAGAAAAACACUUGCGUUUUAAUUUUUUCGACGAUAACUCAUCAAUUGUAUUGUAUUUUGGCAAACUUUAAUUCUUCCCCGUGAUGUUUACGCCAGUUGGAUUCUUUAACAACCCAAGUACACAGCAUCGAACUCACGGAAGAUAUAGACCGAAGCCACUUUCUCAACGUAAUCUAGUAUCGGCUUUCUUUGGAUUGACCACGGUAAUUUUCAUAGCUACUGCUCUUGUAGAACCGAGAUGGUUCGCUGUUCAAGGAAAACCGUGUACAGGGCGUCAUAUUGGAAUCUACAAAAUGUUAUCUUUGAAAUCCAAGAGUCCUCUGAGUAAGUAUAUCAUCUGAAAGAUUUCUGAUCGGUGUUCUGUUCUUGUCUGUAUUUAUAAUAAAAGCAAGGAAUUUUAAUAACGUAUCUUAAUAUUUCAUGUAAAAAAUAUAUUCACUAAUAUGCCAUUUGUAAUAUAAACAAAUAGUGAUCUUUGUACUAAAACGUAUAUAUGAUUUUGCAAUGUAGUGUUAAGUAUACCUGAUCACCUAAAUUAUAGAUCAAUAAAAUUUCCACACAAGGAAAAAAUUAAUUGCACGUAUAUAAAAUGACUGGUAAUACAUAAAAUCUCAUUACCGUCGUUUUCAAGUUGCCAUGCAAAACGUCAAACUCCACGGGUGCACAUGCAACAAAUUGUUGGGGGAGAGGGGUUUCGGGCCGAUCUGGGACUGACUUUCUUGUUCACCACAACAGACAUUUGUGGCGUUCGGAUUAACUAACUCUUUAGCAGAAAAUUGAGGCCGACUUUUGAUACAGUCUCAAAGAAAACUGGGACCUACUUUUUGCAUGUGAUUUUCGAACUUUGUCUGGGGGUUUUCAAAUCCUGGGGGUUAUCAUGAAUUUCACCAAAUUGCAAACUGGAUAUUUUGAAAACAAUCUAGCCGUAAGCUAUGCCAUGUUUGACAUUUUCAAGGUGAGUGGGUGGGUUUAGAUGGAAAUGUCUGUUUGACAUUUCAUGUGGCAACUUGAAUAUGGACGUGGCCCUUUAUACCAGGCUUUUCAAAGUAUUUCUCUGCAGCUACCUACCUUGUGUCACUUGCAUAGUGUUUGAUUCAGUGUUCUAGGUACAUGUAUAACCUGCAACCAGGCCCUCUAAACCCACAUGGAAACAUGAGACAUCUGAGGAUGAACAGUCACAGAUGAGAACAGAUGGCCAAUUCACUCCAAAUGUUCCUGUACGCCUUGGAAACAAAUUCAUAAAAAUCUUCAAUAAAAAUAAAAUCCCACUGCAUUUUUGAAAUAUUACCAAAAACCUAAUGCACUUUUUUGAAGAACAUCGAGUGUCAAGAAAAUAUUAUUUUGAUUUUGAGAAUCGAAGUCCAAUUUGAUAUUUAAGUCCAGCCAAUCAGAAUCCAUACAGUCUGUACACAGGCUAUAUUCCACUUUGCUUACUCUAAAUGCUGGCAUGUCUGAACACCUAUAAGCAGUGAUCAGCAAUCAUUUAACAAAUAUAAAAAUUUUCCAUGUUGAUAUACAGUUAUAUCAACACGAGUGGAAAUUGGGAAAACGAGAAAUUGUGUGGAAACACGACGCCCGAAGGCGUCGUGUUUUCACACAAUUUCGAGUUUUCCCAACUUCCACGAGUGUUGAUAUAACUAUAUAUCAAUACGGAAAAAAUGUUUUAUAUUUGUUUUAUAAUAUAGCAAUGUCAAAAGCUCGAAGAAUAAGAACAAUUUCCGUGUUACAAGCGUCGGAAAAUUUCCCGUGUUGACAUGGAGUUAUAUCAACACGGCUCUUAGCCAAUCAGCGUUCAGAAUUUACAAAUGCUAUAUUAUAAACUGUAUUAUCACCACAUUGCAACAACCAAUGAACCAUUAUAGCCUGCUCGUUAAGGUGAAUUGAGAGCCUGCACUGAUGGCAUACAAUUUUGAACAUCUGCGUCUCGAAUCGGGACGCGAAAUUCUCAUUGGUCAGAUGCUGUCAUUUAUAUGUUUCUGCUGAGCUCUAUAUAUGUCAACUGCUGAAGCACUAUGCAUAAAAAACACAUUAAUUGAUCAAAUUGGUCUUGGCCAUCUUAUCUCAAAGCACAAAAUGUUCUGUUUUGAGAAAACAGUAUUUAAAACAUUGAAUAUCUUAUAUUUUGAAAGAAACAGUAUAAACUGUAUGGUCUGCAGGAAAGUUGUAAACAACGCCAUAUAAGGAUAGACAUUCCAUAUUUGGAAAAACUAACAUUACGAGGCAGAUAUUCAAAAUUGUAUGUCAUCAGUGCAGGCUCCCAUGUCACCAGUGGCGCCGCCAGCUGGAUAAUUGGGGGGGGGGGGAAUAUUCAUAUCUUAGUGUUCUGCUUUAUUGACUUCUUUUGAAAUCGAUUGUUUUUUAUGGUAUGUGAACACAAAUAUAUGAAUAUUCCUAAUUAUCCAGCUGGCAGCAUCACUGCAUGUCACCUUGAGGCUACAACCAUUAUACACAUUUAUUUCUCACUGUUUUACUAUUUGUGACACAGUGAUCCAACUUAGGCAUAAAAAAAAUACCUGUGGUUCCGGUUUCAUAUCGUGAAAAAAUUAGGGUCGGUAGGUCGGAAAUAUAAUUUUUUUUAAAUAUUUUUUUCAUGGUUUUGGCGGUUUUUUGCUGGGCGAUUUGCAGUAGAGUCCCGACAUCAAUAUUAACUAGAGAUGCGUAUUUCCUAUGGACAAAUUUAGGCAAUUUGGUUCAAUAAUUAGUAUGACAACAGACCCCAUUUUGGCAUGCUGUAUGAGCAGCCCGCAACCACCUGGAGAAAAUAGGGUCGCACGGUCAAUCGCUUUGAAAAAUAACAGAGUCAGUCGGGAACCGGAACCACAGGUAUUUUUUUUACGCCUUAGAUUUUAUUGCAAUUUUUACAGAAAAACUAUGCUACAGUGCUGACACCAUCCUCAAGCUCAAGAUUAUAAUGGCGUUUCUGUGUUGUGCACUCUUUUGCAGUUUUACUGCAUGUUUACUCGAUAUUUGGGGACCAAAGAAAAGGAUAUUCCAAUUGAUUCGAUCAAAUUCAAUAGGAAAUAUUGUUUCAGGUUAGCAUAACUUAGUCCUGGUCAUUUUGCUAAAUAAUUUUGCAGUUACUGGCUAAUAAUUUUGCAGUUACUUUUGCAGUUACAAAAUGCAAACUGGUCCACACGUUGUUGAUACAAUAGCCAACAACUAUAAAUAGCCAACAACCAUUGAAAGAGAAGUUUAAACCUGACUGGUAUAUAAAAGUUAUAUUAGUUUUUGACACUUUGAAUGUUAUCUUUUGAGUUUAACCUAAUAGUGCGCAAGACUCUCCCCUUGACACAUAAAAUCAUCUGGCAUUAGACAGAGUAAAAUAGUAAACUUGGGCACAUUUGGGUGCAUUUCAGCUUAAUGGGUUAAUCUUCAUUUGACAACACUUCUGUUGAUAGGGAUGGAGCUACCUGAAAAAUACAAGGAGAACUUCGACGUUUUGAGAGAACUCGGGAAGCACUUGGCUACUACCUUCCUGAAGAAGGGCCUUCACUCGAAACGUUGAAGUUCUCCUUGUAUUUUUCAGACAAUUGCAUCCCUCUCAACCUAAAUGUUGUUGUUACUGGCACUACCUACAGGGUUCGAAAUAGCCACCGGCAAUUUUAGGACUUUGCCGGCGAUUUUUAAUUUCAAAGCAUAGGGGGUCGGUGAGAGUAUUUAUUCACCGAUGACUCGCUUACAAUAACACGUACAUAUACACAGAAAAACUAGUUUCAUAUUAAUCAGAUUAAUAUGAAACUAGUUUUUCGUAUCUCUGAGGAUGGUUCUGAAAUAUACACUGACAGAACUUGUUAAUGUUUGUUCCUACACCAAAUAAAAUGUAUUGCUGCGUUCUUACAAAUGUUGUGUUGGUUUACAUCACUAUUAUUUGGCCUAUGCUCUCUCCAGAACAUAUCAACUAAACUUUGCUUAGAAAAUAGCCGGCAAAAAUUUUCACCUACAAAAAACAGCCGACAAAAUUUGACAUAUUUUCAGAACGUUAUUUCAAACCCUGACCUACAGUACAUUGGCACCGUUCAAGAUUAUGAUCUUCAUUUAACUAUUAACUAUGUUUAUUUGCAGUUGUGAUGUCAGUUGCUUCCUGUGCAUUUUCCUACUGGGUGACAAUUUCUAUCAAAAAACAUUUGCAUUCGCAACUCAAGAAUCCGCAACAUGUUCAUGUAACAUUCUCGUACAGUUUUUACUUAGUUGUUGCUGGAGGUGUGUGUGCUUUGCUAGCUUGUGCUUUUAACAUGAUAAACUGUACCUGCCGAAGAAACCGAAGCAACUUCUCAAGCGAGGAAGAAUUGACGGCAGAAUUAAUGAACUCGAUGGAAGCAGCAGCGCCAUCCUCAAUCAGAGGUGAACCACCACCUGUAUACUCUGUGUAAGCAGCACUAAAGUGCUCUUACUAGUAGUUCUGAGAUACAGUUGUCCGCCCAAUUCAUGUAGUUUUGUACACAAUAAUAUGUUUUUUUGACAGAUUGUGUACAUAUAAACACAAUUAAAGCAAUUAAUCUGCACUAAACAAGUAAUGAAACACUUUAUACCAACAAAACAGUAUUUUAAUUAAAAGAUCAUUGAAUUGAUGCAAACUGAAAUCAAGAAUUCAUGAUUGAAAACUGUUUGGUCAGUGUCACGCUCAUUUAGUGAGUGAGAGGCUGUAUUCAAAUCACAUUUGUAAUGUUCUGUAAUCAUUAUGUUAGCCUAAAACCAACAAUAAUGCAAGCAUGGUAAAACAAGGUACCAUAGUUUUAGCAUGGGUUUAGCUAUUGACAUUAUGCUAAUAUUGUUAUAUAAACUGUAAAAUAUGAAUACAUAUAAGCAUAUAGACAUCAUAGAAUAGUUUGUGAUUUUAUAGAGCAAGUAAAUUAUUGAGACUGUAUCAAUGUUAAUUAAUAAUUUUUAAUCAAAUUUUGAC